AUGGAUGUGGGGCAGGUGACAUCCGCGAACGACCUGAGGACGGUGGCCGCCAACAGGCUGGAUGGCUGGAUCGCGGAGGUCCUGCAGCCCAGCACGGAUUUCUGCAGGCAGGUGAAGCAGACGGUGAAGCAGAUCUGCGACUUCCUGAAGGAGGACUGCUUCGAGACCAUCCACGUCCAGAAAACCGUCAAGGGUGGCUCAGCAGGCAAGGGCACAGCCCUGCGGAACAACUCCGACGCCGACGUGGUGCUCUUCCUCAGCUGCUUCACCAGCUACCAGGAGCAGAAGCAGCAGAGAAAGCAAAUCCUGGAUUUGAUCGAGAGGAGGCUGCACGCCUGCAGGCGCAGCCUGAUGUUCACCGUGAACAUCAGCGAGCCCCGGUAUAAGGGUCCCGGCAACACUCCGCGCUCCCUCAGCCUCACCCUCUGCUCCAAGGAGUCCUCUGAGUCCAUCGAGGUGGACAUCCUGCCUGCCUAUGACGCCUUGGGGCAUGUGAGCUGGGACGCCCAGCCAGACGCAGGGGUGUAUGUGGGGCUCCUGAAUGCCAGCAGUGACCCUGGGGAGUUCUCCCCAUGCUUCACUGAGCUGCAGAAAAAGUUUGUGAAGCGUCACCCCGCCAAGCUGAAGAACCUCCUACGCCUGGUCAAGCACUGGUACAAGGAGCUGCUGAAGCCACAGUACCCCUUUGCAGACCUGCCCCCCAAGUAUGCCCUGGAGCUACUGACCAUCUAUGCCUGGGAGGAGGGCACAGGCUCCUGUGAGUCCUUCGUCAUGGCUGAGGGCUUUCGUACGGUGCUGGAGCUGCUGCGUCGGCACCAGGAGAUCUGCAUCUACUGGGAGAAGUACUACUCGCUCCAGCACAGCCAGAUCGGUGCCCACGUGAAGAGGCUGCUGCGCAGUCCCCGCCCUGUCAUCCUGGACCCCGCUGACCCCACGGGGAUCCUGGGCCAAGGCAAGAAUUGGGACCUGGUGGCACGGGAAGCUGCCCGCCACUGUUCUCUGCCCUGCGUCAAUACUGCCCAGCCCUGGGGUGUGCAGCCAGCCCGGCCCGUGACGAUUGAGGUGAAGCAGCUGGUGGGCACCAGCCUAAGCAGGACCAUCAGACCAGACAUUACCAUCUGGGAGCUGAAGGAGAAGAUCGAGCAGGCGUGGGGCAUCCCCUGGUACAGGCAGCGCCUGGCACAGCAGCAGCCAGGCAGGAGCACCCUCAUCCUGCAUAAUGACGAGACCCUGGCCACCCACGGCAUCUUCUACAGCACCACACUGAUGCUGCUGCAGACCGAGCCCCAGGCGAUGGAGAUCUUCGUGAAGGAUGACAAGAACCGGACCACCACCUACAUGGUGCAGCCCACCAACACUGUCCGGCAGCUGAAGGAGCAGAUCCACGCCCGGCAGGGGCCUCCUGCCGACCAGCAGUGCCUGACGUACGGCUCCAGGGAGCAGCUGGAGGACCGUUACACACUGGCGCACUACAACAUCAAGCCCAGGAGCACCAUCUUCAUGCUCCUGCGGCUCCGGGGGGGUGUGGGCUCCUGGCACCCCUAGUUUCCUGCCGGCUCACCCCCCUGAACAUUGCCCCUGGCACCAGCCCAUGCCCCUGUAUCCCCCCUGUCGUGCUGGAAAUAAAUGCCUUGG